AUGCAAAAAGAGCAUGCUAGCUAUGGAGAGAUCACUGAGUCAAAGGCGGGUCAAGGAGCGCUGCUACUGAAUAUUCUUUCCAAGUAUUCUGAAGCAUUCUCUUCAAUGGUAGAAGGAAAAAACGAAGAACUGUCAACAUCCGAGCUGUCUGGUGGAGCAAGAAUUCAUUACAUUUUCCAAAAUAUAUUUGUGAAGAGCUUGGAGGAGGUAGACCCGUGCGAGGACCUAACAGAUGAUGAUAUCCGCACUGCCAUUCAAAAUGCAACUGGACCCAAAUCUGCAUUGUUUGUGCCAGAAGUUCCAUUUGAAGUUCUAAUUAGAAGACAAAUAGCUCGGUUGUUGGAUCCAAGUCUUCAAUGUGCUAGGUUCAUUUAUGACGAGCUAAUAAAGAUGAGCCAUCAAUGUAUGGUCAAUGAUAUGCAACGGUUUCCGUUCCUAAGAAAGCGCAUGGAUGAGGUUAUAGGUAAUUUCUUACGAGAAGGUCUUGAGCCUUCAGAGACAAUGAUAGGACACAUUAUUGAGAUGGAGGUACACGCGACUCCUUUACGGCUUUACCUUCUUGUAUUUCUGCAUUAUAGCAAUUUAUACCUUCAAUGA